AUGGCUUUCCACAACACCGCGGCGCCUGGCUUCGGCCAGACGUAUGAUCCCUUUGCGGACCUUUCGGGUCACAGCAAUAUGGAUGAUGCGCUCGAGUUCGACGACACCUACGAUGGGCUUGGCGACCAGCUGGACGAGACCGAUGACGCAUUCAACGACGACACCUUUGGUGGCGGCAAUGAAGGCCCCGUGGCCUCGAACAAUGUCGGCAAGGACUUUGAUUUCUUUGGCCAGACUGCCAAGGUCGCGGGGGCUUUUGAAGAGGAACAUCUUCGGUACAACCUUCAACAACCCGCUACUCGAGCCGUCCCUCCUCCCGCAUCCUACAACUAUCAGACCGGCUACAACUAUCAGCAGCGACCUGCGCGAACCGGCUAUGAGAAGUAUAAGGAGCCCGAGCCCGAAUUGCAGGUGGACGCUUCCAUCUGGGGUGUAGCGCCAAAGAAGCCUACGAUCUCUACUCCCACACCUCAAAGUCAGCCUACUCCUCCCGCAGCUUCACGGAAGAUGAUGAGCCUGGAAGAGGUAGAGGCACAGUUGAGAUCUUCGUCGAAGGCCACACCUCCUGUUCAGCAGUCGUACGGUGCCUUUGGUCCUCCCGAUGCGCAGAUAUCUCCUCACCAAGGGCAGUAUCAACGUCAACAACCUGUCGACCCCCGACAACAAUCAUUCGACAACCGUCAGGCGCAGGGCUUCCCACAGCCUGGUCAGUCUCCUGGCUUCAGUCAUGGUCAUCCCAUCACUGUCUUGCAGCGACCCGCCUCCAAGCACACUCCGCCCACGGGACCAAGCGUCUCUAGCCCUCUAGCUCAGCUUCAGAAUCAGCAACCUGCUAUGAUGGCCCCGACGCAGAUCCUGCAGAAUCCCAACCGUGCCCAGGCUGGGGUCCCUCCCAACGCAGCCCACCGAGCUCAGGGCUCAUUCAACCGCCAAGCCCAGGAUCACUCUCAGGCACCUCAAUUGAGUGACGAAGACAAGGCUGCAUUCGUAGAGGCUGAGGCUCGACGCGCCAAGCGGAAUCACAAGAUCUUCGUGCUCUCCAAGGAUAACGGACUGAUGACUCCGCAGGACAAGAGCUUCAUCACCCGCAUCCAGCUGCAGCAGCUGGUGGCGGCCACUGGCGAUCCUAACGAGCAUGGAACUGAUGCCGCCCUCGCGGAGGACUUCUACUACCAGGUCCUAAGCUCUCUCCGGGCUGGGCAGCGUCAGAACCCGAACCAGCCGCUCAACAAUUUUGCCCAGACAUAUCUCGUUCAGACCGGUGGCCGCCAUGGCGGUAUGCGUCGCCAUGGUCGCGGUGCAGACAACCACGUCCAGCGUAUGGAGCAGCAAGUGCAACGCGCGGUCGAGGCUGCCAAGAACAAGCCAAAGAAUAAGCAGCUUGUCAUUGAAGGCAGUCUAGGAAAGAUCUCCUUCAGCAACGCCAAGACCCCGAAGCCGCUGCUGAACAUCAAGCGUAAUGAUAGCUCAACUGAUGCCAACCGUCCAAGCAGCGCGCAGCGGUCGCACGCCAAAAUCUCGGACACGAAGGCCACCUUGAAGGAUAUCGAGAACGUUUACCUGACCCUUAUGAAGAUGGACGAUCUGUCGAGGGCUAUGCCUCCGCCUCCACCGCCCGGUGAGAACCCGGACCAGGCUUUUAUCGAUCGCCAGGCCGAAUUUCAGGAACUCAACCAGCGACUGUGGAGCGAGCUCAAGGUCCACGAGUCUAUCGGAGCCACGUCCAUUCACCCUUUCAUUGCCUUCAUCUCGUACCCCAAGGGCAAGAAGGCAAUUCCCCGCGUGUUCCGGCAUCUCACCCACGAGCAGCGCACGACUAUCCUGACCAUCAUUGUGUUCCACUUGGAUCAGCUUGAUGUUGUGCGUGGUGCCCAGGUGCAGACUGGUGAGCCUGUCUCUCUUAAUGCAGCCAUGCGUGAGAACAUUGAACUGUUCUCGAUGUCCGUCAUGCCAUGCCUUUUCCAACUUCUCAACGAGUCGGAUCUCCCGAUUGUCACUGGUGUAUUGGGCCUCAUCACCCAACAUGCCAAUGUCGACCAGGUUGCGCGCACGCGCAUCGGUGUCUCCAUGUUCACCAUGAUUCUGAGCCGUGCCGAGCUGCUCAAGGAAGCUGGUCAGGCGAACGAGCAGACAUGGGGUCAAUGGGUUCAACAAUUCAACCAGUUCUUCAACGUCCUUGAGUACACCCUCCCUAAUAUCUUCCCUGGGUCCGUCACAUCCGGGGAGGACGUGUACGUCUGGCAGUUCUUGGCAGCCAUCGGUAUUGGCGCCAGCCAGGAAGAGCAGCAGCGACUUGUCACCUCCGUUCGAGACCGUGUCAUGGGUACUAUCAGUAUGGCCAAGACUCUGCCUGCGGACAUGGCCAAGCAGCGCCUCGACAACGUCAACCUUUUCAUGCGCUCCAUCGGCCUCGAUGUUGAACUCCUCAACGUUGAUUAG